UUCAUGCCAGAUGUGAGCUCUAUGUAGAUAUUCUGUGUAUGUUUAUCUUUAUAGUGAUUUUCAUGAUUUGUUUUUACGGUUGAAGUUAUUUAACUUGAAUAUAAAUUUUUUUUUAACUACCUACGUGAUACGAUAAUUAAAUUCAUGUGACUAAAUGUUUGUUUUCAAAUAAAUAAUUCAGACAUUUUAAAGUGUGAACCGGCGUCACGUCCAAACAUAAAUGAUGAGUGCGUAUAUUAACACUCGCAAUGACAACGGACAUCACCACUGAUGGUCAGUUUCCGGAUCAACCAGAUUCAUUACAUCCGUUAGAUAAUUGUUUGUCUGCAGAGAUUGAGUCUAAUAGCGGCAUUAGUUCAGGACCAGUAUCUCCUAAUGAACUGAAUGAAUCUUCAGGAAUAUCUGAAAUAAAAUUAACCGAGGGAAAAAAAUUGAACAAUAAAAAGAAGCGAAAAUUGAUAUCGCUUGAGUGCUUAGAAUGCGGACAGACCUUUAAACAGCAGCGCACAUUCAAAAAGCAUUUAUUGCGCCACGUGAAACAACCUCUUGUAGCCACGCAGCGCUGCGAUCAAUCUCAAUUGUAUAGCGAAGCGCUGCGCCGCAGCACUCGAUUGUCCACUAAGCCGAUGCCUGCAGCAGCAGGCAACGGUUUAAAGUUGAAAAUCAAGCUGGACGGUUCGGGUGACGGAAAUAAUUUUGAAGUUGUGCAAUACGAAGAAUCAGGUACGGGGCAACUUGCCGACGAAUUGAGUAAUCACAGCAGCACGGCAACAAAUAGCGUAGCCGGAGAGAACACGCGGGACCACAAUCUAGAACAGGGAAAUGAUGAAUCAUCAAGAGAUGCACAAUCAGACACGUCGGUGACAAAUACCAACAAUAGUGCACAAGUAGCACUAACUAGUAUAGCAAAUGCAAUAACAGGACAAGAAGAGGGAAAUAGUUCAAGCAAUAUUUCCCAAAAUGAAGAAGUUGAAGAGAGCCUAGCAAGUAUUUUGUCAAAAUCUAUACAAGACGAUGAGAAUUCAUCAGCGCCAGCUAUCGAUCCUUUUCAUGGCAUACUCGAAGAGCAGGAAGAACAAGAACGCGCUAUCAAUGCAGGUGGUCUUCGUGUGCUAACAUUGACUCCGCAGACAUCAGCGUCUCAAUCUUCAACACCUUCAUCUCCUCAAUCAACAUUUAUUAAGGAAAAUACUAGUCCAGCUUAUUUUCCUACCCAGGCACCAGGUUUGCCCUGUCGACUGGGAGAGAACGUCAUGGUGGAACUGAAUACAACAAUGUUAACACCCAGGAGCAUGGACUCACCAUCAGGAGGAACCAGUACUCCUCCAACAUCGAGUACAGAUCAUGGAAAAUUGUUGCAUCAAAUGCUUAGCGAUAAUAAUAAUCAGAAUGCUAAUGGAUCAUCGCAGAGUGAAUACAUACCUUUAGAUAAACUGCCUAUUCAACACAUCUGUGCAACAUGCAAUCUAGGUUUCUCUAAUAUGCCAGCAUUUGAAGAGCAUUGCCGGACACAAGGACACGUUUUUCCUGUUUCUACUGCUUCUUGCAGCAAUAUUGGAAAUACUGCUCCAGCCUACACACAACUCCAAACUCCUGCUCAACAACAACAGCAACAACAAUCUCUAUUCCAACCACAAUACACAACUCUGCAACCUUCUCAAUAUACUUCUGCACCUCCGCCGUAUAAUGGAUCUAUAUCUUCGCAACAGCAAUUUGGAACAAUGGCUGGGCAUCAGAUGCCAUACGGACAACCAGCUGUUCCUAUGGAACAACUUGCGCAGCAAGUUAGAAAUAUGCCAGUACCGCCUCAUAGCCAGCAGCCGCAUAAUAACAUGGGCAUUAGGUACAUGACACAGCAAAAUAUGAUGCCAAGUUUAACAUCUCAACAACCAUCUCAACAAGGUGGAUUGCCUCAACCUGGCCAACCAAAUCAACCUCCUUAUGGGAUGCCUCCUUCUGCGUCUAGUGCGCCAAUAUCGCAGCAUCAACAACAAAGCCACCCACAGCCAUAUUCUAGAUUGACCACACCUUAUAGGAUGAGGUCGGCAGGAAGCGGACCGUAUCCGCAACAACAAUUUUACCCUCAGCAACCGCAGAGAGCGCCUUAUCAGAGAUAUGCGCCACGAAUGGUUAAUGGUGUACGGCACUCCGGUCCAAUGGGAAGCAGACCGACAGCUAUGGGCCCUGGAGGUGGAAGGCCAUUGAAAAGGCCAAACGCACAAUCGUCAAUGCGACCUGCUGUAGCAGCAACGGCCACGACUGGCGGGCCGAAGUUAAGGAAAAUGUCAGAUUUACUUUUACCUUCAAAUAAUGAGAGUGAUGAUUGCAGUCUAAUAUCUGUACAAAAUGCAGACCCAACCCUACCAGUGAUACAAAACGUUCAUGGUAAUGCAAAUACUUCUUCUACAUUACCUAAAGAAGCAAUUCGUUUAUCAGACCAAAUAACUCUGAGUGUUCGAAACAAAGAGCCUGUGGCAGCUUCAAACAAUCAGCCACGAAGCAAAGAAGCUAAGGCAGUCGCCAGUAUUUUAGCUCAGCGCGGGAUUACUGUCACUACAGGUGCAAAUGGCAGAAAAAAUGGCUCUUCCACAGAGUCUCAAGAAUCGAGACAGGAAGUUAGUCUCAAUUUAAACAAUGCGGUAUCUCUGAUUCCAACAAACAAAAGCGGUAAUAAAUCAAUUGUGGCUACUGUUGAUUUAACCGAUGAUAAGCCUCAACCAAAAGAAGUUUUUGCAGCUGGCAGCAAAUUAUUGAAUUGUCAACUUUGUAAUAAACAAUUUUUGAAACAAGCUGCUCUCAACCUACACGUCGUCAAGAAUCACCCUUCAGUGAAACUGCCAUAUAGAUGUGGAGAAUGUACUGCAAAAUAUCCCACAUUGGACGGCUUGACGGCCCAUCAAAGAGCCUAUCACGUGCCAUCGGCGGAGCUUGGUUUACCUGUUGUAGAUUUAUCUAGACAGAGUACUUUAACAGCAUUAGCAAAUUUGGGCAUUUCUAACUAUGUUCCUCUGUCCAGUUUGGACCAUCAAGCUGGUUCUUAUUAUGGAAUUCCUAUUGUCUCAGUACAAGUUGCGCAAAACUCAGCUUCUUCAAAAUUACAUGCUUUGGGCGCAUCUGAUAUACUCAGUUUAGGACCUCUUAAACAAUUACCUCGAUAUCAACAGAAUUAAAUUGUUGGAAUUUUA